CCCGACUACUCUUGGCCUACUGAUUCUGUACCCCGCUUACCCUCACGGGCUCACGAUCAGUUGUUACCUGCUAGGGCCGUUAGCCACUUCACAUCUGGCUCUCCCGGUACCUGUCCCCAAAGGUCUCCUCGGCCACUGGGGGCCUGCUCGGAGGUCGUGACCUGGCCCGGGACUGUUUUAAGUCCAUCCCCACCAUCAGGGGCCCUGGUGAAAGCACAGCCCGGGCUUAGACCCCACGCUCUGAGUAGGUCCGCCAGCUGGCAGCCUGAGGCACCACCGGCGGAUCAU